AUGUGUUUACGAGCCGAUAGAGAAGAGGAAGUCAAGUGGCUGAAUUUGUUCAGCCUCGAAGAGGGCACCAAAAAGCACCUUCGGAUUCUGCUCUAUGGCCCGUCUGGAAGUGGAAAAUCCAGUUUCAUUAAUUCUGUUGACAGUGUUUGUCAGAACAGGAUAAGCCGUCCUGCAGCAGCCUCGAGCAGUGGGGACACCUUCACUGUCACGUACAAAACACAUCAAAUCCAAAAAGGGAAGGCAGGCCGAUAUCACCCGUUCGUCUUCAACGACGCCAUGGGCUUGGAAGGCAUCAGAGGAGUCUGUGAGGAGGACAUCAAACACGCCAUGCAAGGACACCUGAAAGAGGGUUACAAGUUCAAUGCUGCAUCUGCAUUGCAUCCGUCCGAUGAAGGCUAUAACGAGAACCCUGAUAGAAAUGACAUGGCAGACAUACUGGUCUGUGUUGUUUCUGCCAAUGCUGUGCCUUUUCUGAAGGAUGAUACCCUGAACAAGAUGCAAAUCAUCAGAACUGCUGCCAGAGACUAUGACAUUCCACAGAUGGCCAUUCUGACAAAAAUUGAUGAAGCUUGUCCAAUCGUUAAAAAAAGUAUAAAAAAUGUCUACAAAAGCAAGCACAUCAAGAAGAUGAUGGAGGAGCUCCAAAGUAAGCUGGGAAUUCCUUUAACUGACAUCUUUCCUGUGAAGAAUUACCACGAAGAACACGACUUGAAUAGUGACAUUGAUGUGCUGAUCCUAAAAGCACUGAGACAAAUUAUUCAAAUCGGAAACGACCACAUAAAUAAGGGCACAGAAUUUGUUCGUUAGCCUGCUUGAUGUAUUGUGGCGAUCGUGGACGUUCCGAGUGCCGCAAAGGAUCCUGGGAAGGUUCUGACUGUCGCUAAUUGGUGUGUAGCGUCUCCUGAGUGUGGUAAAUGAUGUAGAGGGAACCUCGGUGAGGGGAGUUUGCGAACACCACCACCGCCAACGAGGUGUUCAUGUUGGUGGGUCAUGUGUUUCAUGUGUGUGGGUGUGUUUAAAUAAACUUAAUGCUAGACACUACCAUAAAGUAAAGAUGAAUGUGACAGGGAAAAGGGUUAAUUCAACAAGCUUAAGCAGUAGGGAAAAAGUGGUUUACACCAGACUAAGAUUAGGACAUACAGAUUUGAAUGCAACCUUACAAAUAGUAGGAAGGGGUUAUGGAUCAUGCAUAGAAUGCCAAGAUAAAGAAGCUGUAGAACAUGUUAUUUUUGCAUGUUAUAUAUAUAAUAAAUUGAUAGCAGAGCAAUAUGGCAGACAACGGAAGAAGAGAACUCAAUUCGUGUUAUACUUGAAGAAAAGGGGAUGACAAGGGAGAGACUUAAAGCCUUGUUUAUUUUUCUUAAAAAUACUGAUAUAAUGAAAAUAAUAUAAUUAUUGCUAUUAUUUUUAUUUAUUUAUUCAUUUAUUUUUAAGUACAGAUUCUACGACGUGCAGUAUUACACACUCCUGUACAGUUGUUGGCGGUAAGCCGCAAAAAACAUUCUGCCGGUAAUCUGCCAAAAAACAAAAGGUAACCAUUCCUUUUACAGUCCCCUAAUUACUAGGUAUUUACCCGGUACAUACAUGGUAAAUCAUAGUGUAUUGCUGGGUAAUUGCCACUGGUAAUAAGAAGGUAAAUACAGAGGUAGUUACCUGGUAAAUACAUGGUAAAUCAUAGUGUAUUACUGGGUAAUUACCACUGGUAAUAAGAAGGUAAAUACAGAGAAAUUAUCCGGUAAAUUAUAGUGUAUUACUGUGUAAUUACCACUGGUAAUAAGAAGGUAAAUACAGAGGAAUUACAGCUGAAGUACUAAGUAAAACCUCCACUAUUACCCAUCAACUCAACUAAGUAGCGUGUAGUUGUAACUAUUUUAGGUUGGUAAUAACUCCGAUAUUGUGUACUUCCUAGGAAAUUAGGCAACCAAUUCUUAUAAACACCUAUUAUCCAAGGUUUUGUGGUAGAAAUUAGUGAGUAUAUUUUAUGGUAAACCAUGAUUAUCAAUAGGUUUUAUAUUUUUAAUUGUGGAAAGCAUUGUGCUUGCAGAAUCUGAGUUCAGAACAGAUGGUAAGCAGAAAUGUCCUGGGAACUGCGGGGUCAAGUCAUGUUGACCUCAGCCUGUCAGCCCUGGGUCAUUUUGGCUAACGAGGUCAAUCCAUGCUGACCUCAGACCAGGGCGCGGUUGAUAACAUGCUGAGACGAAGAUUGACUGGGCGGAAACCCCAUUGGAACAAAGGGAACCUCCAUUGUAACAAAGAAAUUCUUGUAUGUGUGUAUGUGCAUAAAGAGGAGCUGGAGUCUAUGUUCGCCAGUGACUCUGCAAACCCACUCGGGCUGUUGUCGUUGUUGUUUUUCUUCACGAUAAAGUCUUUUUCAAUUCUU